AUUAUAUCCCGCUCACAGAACUCGCAUUGUACUACAACUCCCGACACGCAUUGCUCUGCAGACACACACCCGACUCUGGUCACCUAGUAACUAGUGUGUACACAACAUGGCGGCUGACUUCAGGGCGUCUAGUCUCCCGGCAGCGCUGUGAAGUAAACGUUGUACCAGAGUCUUAGGGCUACGAGCUGUGAGCAUGGCGGUGGUGGUGCUCAGUCCUGGGUUUCAGGAAGAGUUCCCCCAUAGCAGACCCCCUGAUAUAGAGGAUGAGCGGCGAGUCUGGAGUGUAGGCAGCCGGGGGACUCCCAGUCCUGACAACUGCGGGGACCCCGGGGAGUGUGACAGUGACAGCAGUGAGCAGGAGCAGGACGCCAUGGAGGAACAAUUUGAUGGUGUGCUGACAGAGGUAAUGGUUUCUGGAGGACUCUCUAAGUUCGGUCGUUCAGCUCUUGGAAGUGAUCAAGUUUAUCUUCAUUUGAACCUAUCAGAUCGUAAAUUAGAGAAUAUCCAGAUUCUCUGUCAUUACAUUCACUUACAGAAGUUGGAUGUGUCCUACAAUGAAAUCCCUGAUUUGUCUUGUGUCAGUUACAUGCCAUACUUGACUGAGCUAAAUGCCUCAAAGAAUAAGCUGAACACAUUCUUUGACUUCAUCCCCCCCAAGAAUCUGAUGGUUGUGGAUUUGUCAUUUAAUAAUAUUACCCAUAUGAAGGAUUUAUCUGCUUACAGAGCUCUGACAACACUAAUAUUAAAUAAUAAUAACAUACAGGAAAUACUAGGCUUGGAAAAAUGCACCAGUUUGAAACACCUCAACUUGGCUCACAAUAAUAUCCAUACCAUUAGUGGAUUUGGUAAUUUGCCCAUCAGAACGCUCAGCCUGGCUUCCAAUCAAAUUAAGAACAUCUCUGGCUUGGAAAAUCUUAACUCUUUACAAACACUGGACCUCUCAUCUAACCAGAUCACUAGUCUUGAAGGCCUGGAGGGAUUGGAAUUUUUGCAGACCCUUAACCUUCAAGAUAAUGAGAUUUGUCAGAUAAGUGAAAUUGCGUUUAUUGAAGAGCUACCAUUGCUACAUAUACUAAAUCUCCUAAAAAAUCCAGUGCAGGAACAAGCGGAGUAUUGGCUAUCAGUGCUGUUUAUGCUGCCGAGAUUAACUGGACUGGAUGAGAAGAAGAUCAGAGUUGAAGAGAAGGUAGCAGCAGUAAAUAAGUAUGACCCUCCUCCAGAGGUAAUUGCAUCCCGAGAUCAUAUGGCCAAUGUUAUGUACAGCAUGAUCCAACCACAGAAGAUCUUUGACAGUACAUUGCCCAAUCUGGAUACCCCCUACCCUAUGCUGGUUCUGACAGGGCCCCAAUCUUGUGGGAAGCGGGAGCUGGCUCACAGAAUGUGCAGGGAGUUCAAGGAGUUUUUCCGCUACGGACCCUGUCAUACAACAAGAAAUCCAUACUUCGGAGAAGAAAAGCGAUUUGAUUACCAUUUUGUCACACCAGAGAUGUUUGAGGAAAUGACUUGCUCUGGUCACUUUCUCCUAACCAUGAAAUACAGUAGUUACUACUAUGGUUUGAGUAGAGAGGCUGUAGAAUCUGUUGCAAGAGAAGGUCUUGCUUGCUGCACACACCUGGAAAUAGAGGGUGUAAGAAGUUUGAAGAAUUCUUAUUUUGAACCACGUUGUAUAUUGCUUUUGCCAAUGAACAAGGAGAAGUAUGAAGGGUGGUUGAGGAGAAAGGGAUUGUUCACUAGACAGGAGAUUGAUGUUGCAGUGUCAAGAGUGGAUAUGUACAUGAAGAUACACCAAGAUCACCCUGGCUUCUUUGAUGCAGUUAUUAACGUUGAUGAUUUAGAAGUAGCCUACAGCAAGCUAAGAUUGUUGGUUAAAGAAUACCUUGGCCUAAUGGAGCCAGCACUGUCUAGUGAAAGUGCUAGUAGAGCUAAAUCUGGAACAGACUAUGGAAAGCUGACCACUGUUUCCUCAUCAAAUGGGCCACAUAAAUCCUCACUUAACAAUGAAUUUCAGGAUUCUGCUGCAAGAAACUAUUCUGCUAAAAUCUUUGUAAAAGUAUCAUCACAGAAAACUCCUGCUGAAGAGGCUUCGGUACAAAGACGACAGCAAGCAGCACGACAAGCUUUGGCAGGGAAGACAUCCGGGACAUACACACAACUGUUUCAGAGAGGUCCUGUAACAGCUCCAGCAACCUUGGGGACACACAGACGUCUUCUAGACCCUACAUCAUGUUCAUCGAUGCAGCCAAGUGGAAGUAAUGUUACCGCAGAACGUAGCUUCCCACCAGCUAGUCCUGAAACCAGUUCCAGAGAUUCGAGGCCUAGCUCUGGGCUGUCCUUGCUGUCUUCAGCUGGUGCCUUUUCUUCAAGGAGAUCAUCCUCUCAGUCAACUCCUGUCAUUAAUAUUCAUUCACCUCCUGAAAACAACAUUGAACCAUUGGAUUUGUCUGGUGUUGGACGAGAACAAGAUGCCUUGUCAGGUGAUCUGAAAUAUGUGGGAAAUACCCCAGAGACUCCACGGCUUCCAUCCUCAAAUCGCUCUGAUGUCAGUGCUUCCAAGUCCAAAUCAUCUUCCUCCUCACCCCAGAUCUCUUCAAGCCAUUCAGGAUCCAAUACUAAACCAAUUCUACCACCUAUUCCAUCCAGACGCAAGCAAUCAACAACUUAGUUUGUGUUUCAAAUAACAUGAUGCUCAUUUUCACAGUUUUGACCAGUUUUAUUAUUUAUGAUUAUUUCUUUUUUUUUUUUUUUAGAUUGCAUUGUCUGGAUUCUUGUCUGUAAGGAAUAGAUUUUAUGCAGAUCAAUUUAUAAUAUAUUUACAGUUUAUAUUGCAUUUGCAGAACAUAUUUACAUGUUGUUUGAACAAUAAGGUUAUAUUCACAUAGCCAAUUUUCCGCAUAGAUUCUUGAAUUCCACGUCGGCAUUAAUUUGGCUAGAAUUCCGCAUCCUUCCAGCCUUUGUGGAAUUCAUGCAGAAUUCCGCAGUUUCCUGAUUAAUUCCGCAUGAUCCUGCAGUACACUUGAAAAGGUGGCCUUUAUUUAAUUCAAAGGUUAAAUUCUGCAUGCAUUCCAUUCCACACCAAUUCCGCAUUUUUUGCAGAAUUUCAAGCCCUCUUGACUUCAAUGGGAUUCCGCAGCCGAAUUCCGCAAAAAUAUAAGACAUGACCUGUAUUUUUGCUGAAUGCGGACUUUUAGCUAUGGACUGUCCACAGCAAAAAUUCUGCAGUGUGAAUUGGGUAGAAAUUCCAGUGGAAUUAUAAUGUGGAAUAAAGGCUAUGUUCACACAGAAGAAUUUCCACAUGGAAAAUCUGAAUGUGUUUAUAGCCUUAUUAACUUCCGUGGGAUUCCUCAGUCCCAUUCACAUUGCAGAAUUUUUGCAGCUAAAAUUCUGCAUUGCCCAAAAAUGUAAAUAAUGUCUUAAAUUUUAGCAGAAUUCUGCUGUGAAAGCCCAUUGAAGUCAAUUGGACUUUCUUUUCUCCACUAAAUGCAGAUAUUGUGCGGAAUUCGCUCAAAAUGUACCUUUAAAAAAAAAAAAAAAAAAAAAAAUUUCAGUGCACUGUGGAUUCAUGCGGAAUUUAUGCAGAAAGAUGCAGAACUUCGGACAAAUUAAUCUUGAUGCAGAAUUCAGCAUCUAUGUGGGAUUUCUGAUGUCUGAACACAGCCUUACAUGUGGAAAUCCAUGUGGAAAUCCUGCCCUGUGAACAUCGUAUAAGAUGCACCUUACAAUAAGACACAAUCAAGUAAAAAGAAUCUAGGGCCUCUCCUGACAUGUUUGUUUUGGUAAAUAAUUGGAUAUCCUAUAACAUAACAAAUCUGUAACAUCUUUUUCUUAAACUUGUUGUUUCCUUCCUCUGUUAUCUCUCUCUUUAUAAUAAAUGUACGAUCCAGCAUCACAAUUCCCCUUUCCAAUAGGGCAGUGUUUGCCAACCAGUGUGCCUCCAGCUGUUGCAAAACUCUCAGCAUUUCUGGACAGCUAAAUGCCAAGUUGUCAAUUCAUACAGUUCCAGGAGAAAUAUCAAUGAAGCAAAUAUAGAAUUCUGUGCGUCUCAUCAGUUAUAUUGGACUAACUGUGGCACUUAAAGGAAAACUAUCACCCUGAUC